UUUAGUCGACAACUUGUCGUUCGCUUAGUAAAACGGGUUUCGAGAAAGUAAGAAAAAAAAAGAAAUCGACUAGCGAGUUUAUUUAUAACGUGUUUAUUGUAAUCUCAUUCGGAUUACACUUUUAACAUUUCGAUCUCGAUCAAUGUGGCAUAAAGUUAAAGUGCGAUCGAAUGAAUUGAAUUUGUAAUCCUGUUGGGUGUUGUCAAGGACAACAAAGGCGUGGCGCCGGAACACCAGUUGUGUAUACUUUCUGAAAAAAAAAUGUUACUUAAGUUUUAGUCACUUUCUUUUGGAUUUUAUUUAAAAAACAACAAUUGUACAAGCCAGUGUCAGUGAUAGUCGGAGACACAGAAGAGCCAAAUACUACAAUUCUACACUAGAAUUUUUUACAUUAAAAAACAAUGCCUUCAUUGCCUUUAUCCCAGCUGGUGGACCUAGCUUUGGGUACUCCAGAAGUUGGUGCUGUUAAUUUUAAUAUUUUACACACUUUGCUUCAUGCCAUAAUAAAUAAAUUAAAUUUUGGCAAUGAUAAGGUGACAAUAGAUGAUCAAGACAGAGAGUUCCUGGCAACAGUUUCUAGUCAAUUUACAGCCAGAUCAUUUUCAGCUCUUAGCAAAGAUAGUGGUAGACCAGAUGAUUCCAUUUCUUUUUCGGAAGAUAGCUUUAGUGAAAAGUCUAUAAAUGUGCAGUCCAAGCCCAGCCCAUAUCACAGACUAGAGAAAGAUGUCAGUGAUUUAAAAAAACAGAUGGAGGAACUACAUAAACUUCCAAGCAAUAAACAACUGCAUGAGAGAACAUUAGGCUCUGUGGAUGCUGAAAGACCAGUUUCUGAAAUGUUGCAAACUUUACAACUCAAAAAAAGAGUUGAUGCUAAUGAUGAAGGUUUGAACAAGUUGGCAUCAUUGAUUGAAGAUUUGAUGAAAGAUGUGAAACAUUUAAAAGAUGCACAAAAAGAUUUAAAUGACAAAUUAAAUAAAAUUAAUUUAGAUGACAUAAAUAAACAGAUGCAAUCUCUCAACCAGUUGUUGAAAGAGUUAAAUGAAAAGUAUAAUGAAUUAGCAGAGAAACUGUCACAAGUUCCAAGUCUUGAAGACUUUAAUGAAUAUGUAAAUCAGUUUGUCACAUGGCCUGGCUUAGAGGAUGCUUUGAAAGGAGUCAGAAAAGAAUUUGAGAAUCUACAGCCAAUCCCAGAACAAAGAGUUGUUGUAGAACUUGGCACUCAAACUGUGAGUCGUCCUCCUUCAGCAGCCAAGCCAAUGUCCCGAGCUUCUUCGGCUCUCAGCACAUCAAGUGGUCCCAGCAAUGAGCUCCUUGACUUGUUAGAACGACUUGGGAAUUUAUCCACUCUUCACGAUCUUCUGACCAAAAGAGUUGAAGAGCUAGAGAAACUUAUGUUGACAAAGGCAAGCAAAGAAGAUCUGCAAAACCUUGCAUUACCUGAUGAUUUUUUGACAACUUUGAAAAAUUUGCAGCAGGAUUUAAUAUCACUGAGAGAUGGACAAAUUAAAGACAAGGAAGCUAUACAACAAAUAUUGGAAACUUUGCACAAGCUUCAAUCUGACUUGCAGAAAGUUCAAGAAUCUUUAGAAUCGCUCUGUGAAGACAAUGAGAAAAGAGCAAAAGACAUACAGGAACUUUUUACCUACUGUGAUAAUUUGAAUACAGGGAAGGCUGAUAAAGAAUAUGUUGAUACAGAAGUCAAUGUGAAAGCUGACAAAAAGCAGCUUGAGAAUAAAGUGAAUCACAGUUUAUUUGAUAGCACCACCAGUGAAAUGAAUCGAAUGAUCAAAGAUAUUCUUGAUAAACUAAAUGGACAAGAAGGAGACUGGAAGUCUGCCCUGGCUAAAGCCAUGGAAGAACUGGAUGGUAAACUAGACAGAAGGGAACUCAACAACCUCAGAAACUGGCUGGAACAUCAACUGAAGGCUUUAAACAACAAAAUCAAAACAUUAGGAUCUGGCUGGCAGCUGGAUGACGAGGCUGCUGGGAUGAAAAGACAAUUAAUUCAGCACUUCCACUGCCUGUCUUGUGAUAAACCAAUUGAUACCUUACCUCAUGGACCUGUUCCAUCAAUACCAGCAAGUUAUGGUUUGCCAAAGUCUAAAUCUCCUCGGCCAUACACAACUUUUGGCCUUGACCUGAUUAGACAACAAGCCAGAAGUCUUGCUGGUCAGUCUGAGCCCUAUGACUACUAUGCUACCAUCAGGCAGUGUGGUGGCAGCCAUACUUUAAUUGUGCCACAGAAACGAGCAUCAAGACUCAACAAUCUCGGACAACUCUACAGAGAAGAAGAAACAGUUGUUCCCCUUCACAAAGACGAAAUCGAUGUUCAAGGAGCAGACGGACAGAUUUACAAAGGAAGACUCAGUGCCAUCAUGCCCUCAGGUCUAGCCUCACAGCAUCAACAGCCAAGCUACAUGGAGCCUAAACCAAAUUCUGCACGCCUACGCAGACCUCAGUCCGCUGGCCCACCAAGUGCUACUCAUUCAGGUAGAAAUCGUGUCAAGGCUUCACUGGAAGCUCAGAUGCUGGAGAGUGUAGUGGGUCCUGCAAACACACAGGAUGGCCGUGCCACAACUCCACCUUAUGAUGAAGUAGACACAAGUGAGGAGAAAAAGGGUGUAACUAUACCAAGUGAAAAUCUCCUUAGGAGAGGUUCUUUGGCAGAUACCACAGUUUCUUUGGAGAUGCAUUGAGAUUGAGUGAUUAUGGAUCCUCUAUUAUUAGGUUUGUAAAAAAAAAAUGUUCCCUAACAGAUGGCAUAGCAGCUUUAAUCUAUUGUCCGGCUGGGUAUUUUCUUUCUUCUUGGCAUGAAGCAAAUUAAAAACUGUGUUAUUACUUACAACAUUACAAAAAAAAAAUGUUCCCUAACAGAUGGCAUAGCAGCUUUAAUCUAUUGUCCGGCUGGGUAUUUUCUUUCUUCUUGGCAUGAAGCAAAUUAAAAACUGUGUUAUUACUUACAACAUUACAAAAAAAAAAUGUUCCCUAACAGAUGGCAUAGCAUCUAUUGUCCGGCUGGGUAUUUUCUUUCUUCUUGGCAUGAAGCAAAUUAAAAACUGUGUUAUUACUUACAACAUUACAAAAAAAAAAUGUUCCCUAACAGAUGGCAUAGCAUCUAUUGUCCGGCUGGGUAUUUUCUUUGUACUUGGCAUGAGGCAAAUUAAAAACUAUGUUAUUACAACAUUUGUCUUUCUACUACAGUGUAUUAGGCUAUGUGCUAGCAAAACACAAUAGGGGCUUUAACUCAUUUCUAGAGUUUUGUUGUUGUUUUUUAAGUCAAUCAAAAAUGUAUUCAAAACAUUUUCAAGAAAUUGAAAGUAAAAGCUGGUGAAAAUGUUAAUUCCUUGUUUAAACAUCGGCACUGAAAAAGAAUUGAUGUACUACCCAUAUUUUUUUUAUUCAAAGCUAUAAGGUCAGUGCCAGUCAACAAAUGAGCCAACUUUCUGGAUAUAAUUUAUAAAUGUUCAUCAUUUGUUCAUUUAAAACAUGAGUGAAUUCCAAUUAUUGAGCUAUGGUUUUGUUCUAUCAGGUCUAUUCUGGUAGUCUAAUAUGGUUUCAGCUGUCUAUGGUUCUAGCCCUGCCUGCCAUUAUCUCCUUCUAGAUUAGUCUUGGAAUCAAUGAAAAUUAUGCUCUUUCCGGUACCCCGACAAAGUAGUGCGGACAAAAUAGCGAAGAUAGAGAAGAAGAUAGAGAUCUCAACAAAAAUGCUGUUCACUUACAUAAAUCCGGUACUUUUAUACACAUCAUGUAAAAGUCUGUGCUAUUUUGUUAGGAAAUUUUGCGCUAAUUUGUUAGGUCACUGCUCUUUCCAGAAAGAUUUUUCUGUAAAACUUUAUCAGACAAAAUGGUUGUAGUAUAUUCUUUGUUUUUAAAGUUAAAUACUUUUAUAAAGAAGUGUUCACUCAAAACAAUAUGGAGCCAAGGUGCCUUGUCUAGCGUAGAUAUUUUUCAUAUUUAAAUGUGAUUGCAUAAAUUAGGUUUAUGGUCCUAAAUAACAACAUACUUUAAAAUGGGUUCUUAUUUGUUUUAUCUCCCUUAUUUCAUCAGGUCACUAAGCUGUUCAAACAACUAACAUUUCUUUUAAUUUAAGAAUUUAUAUAAAAAUAUUAUGAUAUCCUUCACUUGGACAAAGAAGCCUAAACAAUGAAAUAAAGAGAUGUUAAUGUUGUCUUGAAGGUGCACAUGAUUUCAGUGAGAUUUAUUAUUCAUUUAUAACCACAGUUGAGCAAAGAACUGUGGCAACCUCAAAAUCAUAUUAGUAAACUUUUUACACCAAUAAAUGUUAAUCCCAGUGCAUGAAUAAACUUGUGACAAUUUUUUUUUUGUUGCAAAUAUUUACAAUACACAUUUAUCUGCUUUAAACAAUUUUUUUAAAAAUUCUAAUUAAGAUUUGCUAUUAAUUAUCAUUGUAAAAGUUGUUUGUAUUUUAAAUGAAUAAAAUCAACGCGACAGCCCAACAAAUACAGCUCAUUCUUUAGUGCAUUUUCUCUACUAUUAGUCAUAUUGAUGACAUUGACCUUGUUUGAAUCUUCUUUUUUCUUUCUGCUGACAAAACCAAACAGUAUUGUUUUUUUUUUUAAACUUUUGUUGACCUUGACCUAUCACCUAUAUUAUCUUUUAUUUGUUCAACUUUUGUGUGUUUUCAUGGUUUUAUAAAAAUUGCUUCUUUUUCAAUACUUGAAAUUAACUAUUUAAUUUUUGCUCUUGUAACUUUAACAAUAUGUUUUGGGACUGAGAGGAUCCAGUUUCAUUAAAUGCCGUCCAUUUUUUAUAAAACAUUUUUUUAUUCAUAAAACUUGUUUAAUGUGAACAGUUGAACUAGAUUUUAUGUAACUUGUGUUCUUAUUUAGAGUCACUUUGUAAAAGUGCUAAUCCCUGGCCUUGUUCAAUUUAUAAAGAGAGAUAAAAACACGAAUGUUUCUUCACGUCGUAUACUACAAAAUGUUACUUAUAUAUUCUUUUUUUUUUAAAGGUGUUGGGUUUUAUAUAUAUAUAUAUAUAUGUACCAGUGUUGCACAAGUUGGUAUUAUUAUUAACGACUAAGAUUAUUAACAUCCUAGUUCAUUCCAAUUUCUUUUACCUUUUUAUCAUUUAUAUCUAAGCGGGUCAAGUAAUAAAUUAACAAUUAUUUCUUAUAGUGUAAUCACAGAUUCUCAUAAUUACGAACAUGCCACUGAAAUGAUAUGCUAUGUAACUUAUUGAAACAGAAGCUAUUGCUGAAUGUCUAGAUCAAAUUUAAUUGAAGCCAACAAAGUUACAUUCAAAGUUUUCCGACUUCUGCAACACUUAAAGCUUCAUAAAAUUAUAUAGGUCAGCGUAUAUAUAGAAUCAUGGUUUGUUUUAAGAUUUUUUAAAAUACUAUAGUAAAUAAAUUUCUCCUUUAUAUUUAUACCAGUAUCUAUUUUAUACAUUUGUGCUUUAAUUCAAAGUAACUAUAUUAAAAUUAUAUUUUGUGAAUUACCUAAAUAUUUAAAAAUAAAUACAAUUUCUUCUUUAAUGAAAAUAACUGUUGCUGUUUUUAAAAACAUAAAUCAAGAUCAUUGUUGUAAAUUGUGCAUCACUAAGUCUUGUUUCAUGCAUUUUCAAAUGACGAUUUUUCAAUUACGUUUAAAUCUGUUUUGUCUUUAAAUGCUUUGUAUGUAUAGAAUCUCACCAAUGUCUGAUCUCUCUGUUGAUGCACUAGCUGCUGUAAGAUUAAAAACCUUACAAAAAAUCUGAUCUCCUCAAAAUGAAGAGUUAGAAACAAGUUUUACUAAAUCUAGUACAGAGUGCUUUCUUAAACUUUCCCAUGCUUUUUGGCGCAUUCAGUAAGUUGUAAGUUUCCUGCUCUGUGGCAGGUUUUACAGGGUGGGUUCACUAGCCCCAUGUCAAGCCAUUCUCCUUUCUCACCCAGGCUUGGUACUGGUAAUGGUGGAGUUAUACAAGGAACAGCAAAUGUUUAUAUAUUUUUUGUUUUGUAUACAAUGAAAUAAUAUAUAAAUGAUAUAACAGACUAAAAGAAAGUGAUUGUAAAACAAAUGCAGUAAGGACCAAGACCUCAUACAUUUUGUCCUGCAUGUAUUUUUAAAUUAGGUUGAAUAGAGCUGUUAAAAUCUGUUUUUUCUAUAAAAAUAUCAACUAUACCUUUAACCAUGUUUAAUUCUGCAUAAUUGAUUUCCUGUACAGUAAAGGUCACAUGUUUGCCUUCUUGACAAUAAAAUGAAAUGAAAUUCUAUUUUUUUUCCUGAACGAGAACUACUAUUUAUAGCGUUGUACUUUGAAAGUCUUUUAUUGCUGUCUUUCCAAAUAUUGUCAGUAUUGUGAAAUGGUUUGCACUUUUCAACAGGACAGUUUGACUGAUACUUUUUAGCUUUGACCUACACUUUGUGCACACAUGCUGUUAGUAUUUAAGCUGUUCAAAUGUCUUAAAUCUACAAUAUAUUUAUAUUCCCAGUUUGGCUGAUAGUUUUUAGCUUUGGCCUACUUUGUGCACACAUGCUGUUACUAUUAAAAUUGUUCAAAUGUCUUAAAUCUACAAUGUAUUUAUAUUCCCUGUUCUCUAAAAAGUUGUUUUGCCAAAUUUGUCAGUUGAUUAUUUAUGUAAUCUAUUUAUUACAUUCAUUCCUAAGCAGAAGUUUUAAACAAGUUUCCAAACUUGAAAUAAUUGCCCACUACAUUUUUAUUGAAUCAUUACAAGCUAAUACAAUUACCUGUUUCAAUGCCCAACAGUUAAUGACCAGUACAACAACUGCCUUUACCACUCUCCACAGAUUUCAGAUGCAUCUUAGAGCUGGCUGAAAAAAGUGUACUUAAAUAUUCACAAUAAAAGUAUUAGUGUUCAGUUGAAAGGGCUUCGGCUCAGCAUUAAGUCUUUUAACCCUUAGCCACUAUUCUUGACAUUCUUAUAAAGUGUUCACAAAUGUUCAACACAUUAACUUUAUUUAAACAUAGACCUUUAAGGGUUAAAAAAAAAAAAUUUCAGUCAUUGAAACAAUCUAUUGGUCACUUUUACUUAGCAGUAUAAAAUCUUUGGGCAAAGUGAAACCAAAGUCUUUGGACAACUCAUUAAAUUUUCUGCUUGUUUGUUAUAUCAAGUAAUUGCUUUUCUUUCUCUUUCAAUAUUUGUAUGGGCAAAUUUUACACAGAAAAUAAAGUUAUUUAUUGAUUACAA